AUGAGUAAAGCUACUCUUUACUCACGUGUGAACUCCGCUUCUGACUUCCCGCCCGCUCCUGCCCCUGGAGACCGCAGACCCUCGCCUGAACACCGCAUCUCCAGCGCGCUCGCCUCCCACACCCCGGGGGUCCUGGCCUCAGCUGUUCUUGACUCUCAUGGUGGGGGGAGGGGAGACAUCCCCUUCCGUUUUCACACAGAACAUGGGUGCCAGAAGGAUUCCCACGGAGUCUUUCCUAUUCUAGAGCCGGCAAAACACGUUCAAGAAGGAAGUCAUUCCACACCUUGGAACCCCAAUGGGCAUGGCAGUAACAUUGAAGAUGUAACUGUUAUUUUUACCUGGGAGGAGUGGAAAUUUCUGGAUUCUUCCCAAAGAAAUCUCUACUGGCAGGUCAUGUGGGAGAAUUACACAAAUGUCAUUUCCAUAGAAAACUUGAAUGAUAGUUAUUUGCCGCAAGAAGAAAGAUCUAAAUACUUGGAAUAUGAAAAUUUUUCCUGCUGGAAAACCUGGAAGGACACUGGUCCUCAGAUAUAUGAGAAUCAGAACUAUAAGGAAUUUGUUCAAAGGGUAGAUUCCAAAGACAUAAAGCAACGAGACCUUUCCCUGUGUCAGGAAUGGUUAAUGGUCUCUACACAAGUACCAGAGUAUGGGAACUGUGAACUAAGUUUUGAAGGUAAAAGCCCCAGGAGCUCAAAAUGCAAAAAGAUUUUACCAUGCCAGUCCUCAGCAACAAAAAAUAUUCAAGAAUGUAAUAGAGAAGUCUACAUGUGUGAUUCACGUGGUUUUCAAGGGAACAGGUGCCAUGUUGGCAUGUCCAGGAAAAAUCUCUCUAUGGAAAAAGAACAGAAGUUCAUAGUUCAGCAUUCCUACAUCCCAGUGGAGGAAGAGCUUCCAAAGUACAUUGGACAGGUAUGCCAAAAUGACCUAUGGAAAGAUUCCCUGGAAAAGAAAUACCGUGGAUGUAAUAAAUGUAGAGAAGCUUAUUAUUGGAACUUACAGGGUGUUCUCCAUAAGACAAAUCAACUUGGAGAAAAGCUCUGUGAAUAUUCCAUCAGCAUAGCAUGCUUCUCUCAAAGACCACAUUUGUACAGACAUCCAGGAAUCCACAUGGGUAAGAAACUGUACCAAUGUGAUGAAAUUGGCAGUGACUUCAGGCAGAGCUUGGGAAUUCACUCUUACCAGAGAGUUCACAAAGGGGAGAUUUCUAUCUGUAAUGCAUGUGGUAAGAGUUUCAGUCAAAUCUCUUGUCUUCACAAUCAUCAAAGAGUCCACAAAGAAGAGAAACUUUAUAAAUUUGAGUGUGAUGAAGACCUCAGUAGAAAUUCAUUACUUUACAUUCACCAGAGAUGUCACAGAGAGAAACCUUUUAAGUGCAAUCAGUGUGGUAAGAGUUUUAGUCGGAGCUCAGUACUUCAUGUCCAUCAGAGAAUCCACACUGGAGAAAAACCAUACAAGUGUGAUGAGUGUGGUAAGAGCUUCAGUCAGAGCUCAAAUCUUCAAAUUCAUCAGUUAGUCCACACAGGAAAGAAGUUCUGUAAGUGUGAUGACUGUGAUAAGGGCUUUACCCAGCACUCAAAUCCUCAAAUUCAUCAGAGAGUGCACAGAGGAGAGAAGCCUUAUAAAUGUGAUGACUGUGGAAAAGACUUCAGUCACAGCUCAGAUCUUCGCAUUCACCAGAGAGUCCACACAGGGGAGAAAUCCUAUACUUGUCAUAAAUGUGGGAAGGGCUUCAGCAAAAGUUCAAAGCUUCAUACUCAUCAAAGAGUACAUACUGUAGAGAAACCUUAUAAAUGUGAAGAGUGUGGAAAGGGCUUUAGUCACAGUUCUAAUCUUCACAUCCACCAGAGGGUCCAUCCAGGAGAAAAGCCUUAUCAGUGUGCAAAAUGUGAUAAGCGUUUCAGUCACAGCUCAGCUCUUUGAAUUCACCAAAGAGUCCACAUGGAGGAGAAGAUUUUUAAUUGCCAUGGGUAUGAUAAGGGAUUUGAUCAGAAUUCACAUCUUCACAAUAAUCACAGAAGAGAGACCUUACAAAUCUUAUAA